UUCUGUCUGUCAAAUUAUUUAGCUAGCCAAUGUUAGCCAGUUAGCUGGGAUGACACCCAAAGGAAUGGAGAGCAGCUGAGCAGUUUCUGCGAAAACUACACAGGGACACGCGUUAACGUCGCUGUUAAAGGGACUUUUACAGCUCUCUAGCAAAUACGCAGCGGAUGGCCCGGACUGCUCUUGGACUUACAUAAAAAGAGGGACACCAUUGUGAGCCUCUGAAUGAGUAAUGAACCUAAACCCCUUCUGGAGCAUGUCUGCCAAUACAAGUCGUAAGCAGAGAUCUGACAACGAGGAACAGAGUGGGCACGGGGAGCAGAGAGCCAGUCCGGCUCGGCUGUCCUUUGGCAAAAAGCAGCUUCCACCCAUUCCUAAGAAUGCAACCCCCAUUACCAAGCCUGCGUCAUUGGGCACCCCACCCCAGUUGACCAAUGGCACACACGCCUCCUAUGGCCCCUUUUACCUGGAGUACUCUCUGCUGGCUGAGUUCACACUAGUGAUUAAACAGAAGCUCCCUGGAAUUUAUGUCCAGCCGUCCUACAAAUCGGCACUAAUGUGGUUUGGGGUCAUAUUCAUCAGACAUGGCUUGUACCAGGAUGGAGUCUUCAAAUUCACAGUGUAUAUUCCAGAUAAUUAUCCAGAUGGGGAGUGUCCAAAAUUAAUAUUUGACAUCCCAGUCUUCCAUCCUCUUGUUGACCCUGUGUCAGGAGAGCUUGAUGUGAGAAGAGCUUUCACUAAAUGGAGACGGAAUCACAACCACAUCUGGCAAGUCCUGAUGUACGCACGUACAAUUUUCUACAAGAUCAAUACAACGGAACCACUCAACCCAGAGGCUGCUGUGCUGUGAGUAUCUGAUCCUCCUUUCAGUUGUUUUAUCUAAUCCC